UUCGUCAUGUUAUUGAUUCUUUGCGGUGAUAACAAAAAGCACCAUGUUGCUUCCAACCAAUUUGUUGAGGUUGUCAACAAGAACUAUUAAACAUUCCAGAUUAUUGCACGGAAUUAUGGCUAAACCAAGAGUUUACAUUACCAGAGAAGUGAAUGAUGAAUCUAUGAAUCUUCUGAAGCAAACAUGUGAUGUGAGCGUAUGGUCAGGAUCGGCUCCAGUAUCGAAAGCCGAAUUAAUGAAAAACCUUAAAGACAGCCAAGCCUUAUUUUGCACACUAUCAGAUAAGAUUGACAAAGAGGUACUUGAUGUUGCAACUAAUCUUAAAGUGAUUGCUACCAUGUCAGUGGGUUAUGAUCAUUUGGAUGUAGCAGAAAUUAAAGCUAAAGGAAUUAGGAUUGGUUAUACACCUGAUGUACUUACUGAUGCCACAGCUGAACUAACAGUGGGUUUGCUGCUAGCAACAAGCCGAAGACUGUUUGAAGCCAAUGAAGCUGCCAAAACAGGUGGUUGGUCAUCUUGGUCACCAUUUUGGAUGUGUGGCCCUGGUCUUAGCCAAUCCACAGUAGGAGUUGUGGGAUUUGGAAGGAUUGGUCAAGAGGUAGCCAAAUGUUUGAAACCAUUCAAUCUGAAACGUUUAACUUAUUAUAAUAGAUCUGAAAGGAAAGAAGCAAAGGAGAUUGGAGCUGACAAAGUAGACUUCAAUGAAUUGCUCACUGAAAGUGAUUUCAUUGUAGUAACGUGCGCAUUAACACCCGAAACAAAGAAUUUAUUUAACCAGGAAGCUUUCAAGAAGAUGAAGAAGUCUGCUGUAUUUGUAAACACUAGUAGAGGAGGCGUCGUUGAUCAACCUGCAUUAGUUGAAGCCCUUCAAACUGGCGAAAUUUGGGGAGCCGGACUCGACGUGAUGACACCGGAGCCUUUACCACUGGACGAUCCCUUGCUCAAACUAAAGAAUUGCGUAAUUUUACCGCAUAUAGGAAGUGCGAGCAUUCAAACCAGGAACAAGAUGGGUUUAAUGACUGCACAGAAUAUCGUGGCAGUUUUUAAAAACGAAGAAAUGCCGGCCGAAUUAAUCGUAUAAAUAAUUUUUUUAUUAAAACUUCUUUAAACAUUG